CGCGAUCAAGAUGAGAUCCUGCUACUUGGCACUCUGCCUGCUGCUGAUCGCAGCCUCCACAUUUCAGCCCGCUGAGGCUCGGGGCGGAAGGGGGCGUGGCGGCGGCUCGUUCGGCGGCCUGUUCGGCGGUUGGCGCAAGUACAAGAAGCCCUCGUCGUCGGGCGGUGGGCGGCGGGUGGUGAGCGGAUCGCCGGUACACACGGCUAUGACGGUGCCGAAACCGCCACCGCCGCCCCCCGCACCGCCCAAGCCGAUGAUGCCGUCCAAGCAGCAGAUCGCCAGCUAUCCGCGUCAGCAGAUGCCAGCGGGCUACGGCUACGGGUCGUAUCCUGGCCAAGGAAGCGGGACAUACUACGCCAACGCACAGGCUCUGCCCGCCGGAGCGGUGUUUUACGCCCAGCCACCUGUGGGAAUGAACAGAGGACUGGGCACGGGAGAUUUCCUCACCGGAAUGCUGGCGGGUCACAUGAUGAACAACAUGCUGUUUGGCCACCGCCACCAUGUGUACCACAGAAACCCGGAGGUGGGACAGUCGCCUGAGGGAAAUGGUCGUCAGAUCAUCAUCGUCAACAACGGUCAGCAGCAGGGAGUUUUGCAGAACGAAACCACUAUUUCUGGGGAAGCCUCCGCUGUGGUGCCACCCGAAAAUCCACUGACAGAGGAGGAGGAUGAGGAGGAGGAGGAGCAGGGGGAAAGUGAACACGUUUCUAGCGAGGAAUCCACAGAAUUUGAGGCAACUCCCCAACCAUAUCCAGAUGGUGGCAUCGUUUGCUUCCCCAUCACACUAAACGAAACAGAUCCCGAGAACGCAGACCAGAUGCGAGAAGUGGAGCGCGUGGUUUGCUUUCCAGCACCGCCCAACAAUCCCGAAAAAUUCCAACCCACCAUUACCACUGAGCCACCCAUUGUUGCCGGCGAUAUUGUGGGUGGUGCAGAGGAUGGCUCGCAAGAUGGUGGCGGUGACGAGGCUACCAAUGCCAAUGCCAAUGGCGGUGCCGCAAUCGAGGUGGCCAACUUUGUAGCAGCAAGAGCCGCCAAUGUCGAGAUGGACUCCUCUUGAUUACUCCUAAGAUAUUAACUAGGUAAAAUAAAGUAAAAUAAACAUAAUAACUUAUUUUUAA